UAUAUUAAUAAAGGUUAUUAUUUUUUAUAGAAUAUACCAUAUGGAAGCACAUAAAUCAUUUUUGUUAGAUUUUUUGGCAGGUGGUAUAUCUGCAGCAGUUUCUAAAACCGCAGUAGCACCUAUAGAACGUGUCAAAUUAUUACUUCAGGUGCAACAUACUUCCAAACAAAUAGCACCUGAGCAACGAUAUAAAGGUAUACUCGAUGUAUUUAUACGUGUACCAAAAGAAACUGGUUUUCUUAGUUUAUGGAGAGGUAAUUUAGCAAACGUUAUACGCUAUUUUCCUACACAAGCUUUAAAUUUUGCUUUUAAAGACAAAUUUAAAACAAUAUUUUUGGGAGGCGUACCAAAGGAAGCAUUUUGGAGAAAUUUCAUUGGAAAUUUAGCAUCCGGUGGUGCUGCCGGUGCAACAUCAUUAUUAUUUGUAUAUCCUCUUGAUUUUGCUCGCACCAGAUUAGCUGCGGAUGUUGGAAAAGGUGCUCAAAGAGAAUUCAGUGGAAUGGGUGAUUGUUUAAUGAAAAUUUUUAAAACAGACGGUCUGUUUGGUUUAUAUCGAGGAUUCAAUGUGAGUGUCCAAGGAAUUAUUAUAUAUCGUGCAGCAUAUUUUGGACUUUAUGAUACAGUACAAGGCUUUUUUUCUGAUCCAAAAGCUACUCCAUUAUAUGUUAACUUUCUUAUUGCACAAGCUGUAACAUCGCUGUCAGGACUUUUAUCCUAUCCUUUAGAUACAGUCAGAAGAAGAAUGAUGAUGCAAUCAGGACGUAGUAAAGAAGAAGUGAUGUAUAAAAAUACUUUAGAUUGUUGGAUUAAAGUAUUACGUAAUGAAGGACCAUCAGCUUUCUAUAAAGGAGCAUUUUCCAAUAUUUUACGAGGGACAGGUGCUGCUCUCGUUUUAACAAUAUAUGCUCCUAUUAAAACUCGUAUUGCUAACAUAAUAUUUAAAGAUGAUACUACAACAUAGCUAUUUAUUUUGUAUAUUUUAUAUAAAUUCAAUAAAAAUAUU